CAGAAGAUGGCGGAGGCGGGGGAUUACUGCUUACUGAACUUAUGAAACUAUGGCAGAAGGAGAGACGGAGUCACCUGGCCCCAAAAAGUGUGGCCCAUAUGUCUCAUCUGUCACUAGCCAGAGUGUAAACUUGGUGAUUCGAGGAGUAGUCUUGUUUUUUAUUGGAGUAUUUCUUGCAUUAGUGUUAAAUUUGCUCCAGAUUCAGAGAAAUGUGACCUUAUUUCCACCCGAUGUAAUUGCGAGCAUCUUUUCUUCUGCGUGGUGGGUACCACCAUGCUGUGGCACAGCUUCAGCUGUGAUUGGAUUAUUAUACCCCUGCAUUGACAGGCAUCUAGGAGAACCACAUAAAUUUAAAAGAGAGUGGUCCAGUGUAAUGCGGUGUGUAGCUGUCUUUGUUGGUAUAAAUCAUGCCAGUGCUAAAGUGGAUUUUGAUAACAUACAGUUGUCUGUCACACUGGCUGCACUCUCCAUUGGACUGUGGUGGACUUUUGAUAGAUCUAGAAGUGGUUUUGGCCUUGGAGUAGGAAUCACUUUCUUGGCAACUGUGGUCACUCAACUGCUAGUUUAUUAUGGUGUUUACCAGUAUACAUCUCUAGGUUUUUUCUAUGUUCGCUCCUGGUUACCAUGUAUAUUUUUUGCUGGAGGCAUAACAAUGGGAAACAUUGGUUGACAAUGGGCAAUGUAUGAAUGUAAAGUUAUUGCAGAAAAAUCUCAUCAAGAAUGAAGAAGGCAAAAAUAUAUCUUUUGUACAGAAAAACAAGAAGAAAAGAGCAUGUAAAUUAUAUAAACAAAGUUUUGGACUGUAAAAUUUCCAGGAUGCAGUUUUUCCCUUGAUUGGUGUAUAUAGACACACACACACGCACGCACCCACACAGGCACACACACAAAACACACAUUACUACUGCAAUCUGUGAUUGCUUCAUCUGUAAAUCAGUUAUAAACCUUUAUGUAUUUGACUUAAAAACUGUAAGAUAUAUGUGCAUUACAUUAAAAACAUUAAUUAGUAAAUGCGUUUUUUAAUUUCUUAGAUAUACUAUACAUUUUAUUGCAAUGUUAAUGUGCCAAAAUAUUCUAUUACUGUCAUCUAAGUGUUUAAGAAUGCUUUGAACAAUUUAUAAACUUAGUGAAAUAAAAUAAGAGGAAUGCCAAAAAUAAAAAGCAAAUGGG